GCUCAGAGAAACCUUAAUUAAUUUCAUGGAGAUUUUGUACAACAUAAUAGCAGCAAUUUGUGUUGCUAUUUUGUUGGUAAAUACAUGGAGAGUAUUGAAUUGGGCAUGGUUUAGACCAAAGAAACUGGAGAAUUGCUUAAGGCAGAGGGGUCUCAAAGGAAAUCCAUACAAGUUACUAUAUGGAGAUUUGAAUGAGCUGACAAAAAGUUUAGUAGAAGCCAAGUCUAAGCCUAUCAAUUUCUCUGAUGAUAUAGCUCAAAGGCUCGUUCCUUUUUUUCGUAACGCCAUCAACAAAAAUGGUAAAGGUUCUUUUGCCUGGCUAGGCCCAUAUCCACUAGUGUUUAUCACAGACCCUGAACAUGUAAAGGAGAUUUUGACAAAGACUUAUGUGUAUCAAAAGGCAACACAUCCCAAUCCACUUGCCAACUUAUUAGCUCAAGGUCUUGUAAGACUUGAGGAAGACAAAUGGGCCAAACAUAGAAAAAUCAUCAAUCCUGCCUUCCAUGUCGAGAAGUUAAAGCAUAUGCUGCCAGCAUUUUAUCUGAGUUGUAGCGAAAUGCUAAGAAAAUGGGAGGAGAUUGUUCCAAAUGAAACAUCAUUCGAGCUCGAUGUAUGGCCUGACCUUCAAAUAAUGACCAGUGAAGUCAUUUCUCGCACUGCAUUUGGGAGUAGCUAUGAAGAAGGAAGAAUAGUAUUUGAACUUCAAAAAGAACAAGCUGAGUAUGUAACGGACAUAGGACGUUCAAUUUAUAUACCAGGAUCAAGGUUAUUGCCUACAACAAGGAACAAAAGAAUGCUGGAAAUCGAAAAGCAGGUCCAAACAACGAUUAGGCAUAUCAUCGACAAAAGAUUGAGGGCAAUGGAAGAAGGGGAGACUAGUAAAGAUGACUUAUUAGGCAUAUUACUUGAAUCCAAUAUGAAAGAAAUUGAAAAACACGGACACAAAGAUUUCGGAAUGACAACAAUAGAAGUGAUUGAAGAGUGCAAGUUAUUCUAUUUUGCUGGACAAGAGACCACUUCAGUGUUGCUUGUUUGGACAAUGAUUUUGCUAUGCCUCCAUCCCGAGUGGCAAGUUCGAGCCAGAGAGGAGGUGUUGCAGGUCUUCGGAAAUGAUAAACCAGAUUUAGAAGGGCUUAGUCGCCUCAAAAUUGUAACAAUGAUCUUGUACGAGACGUUAAGGCUAUUCCUGUAA